AGAGGGUUGGUUACUGUGUAGUUACUAGUUAGUUGAAAAUUGAAGAAGAGAUGGGGGGAGAAGGUGUGUGGGAGGGUGUACUGGAGCUUACGAAGUGGGCGCAGGAGAAGAAAACAGACCCUCUGCUAUGGUCAAUUCAGGUUACCUCAACCCUCAACUCCGCCGGAGUGUCCUUACCUUCCGUCGAGUUAGCGCACCGACUCGUCUCUCACAUCUGUUGGGAAAAUCACGUGCCUAUCACGUGGAAGUUUCUCGAGAAAGCCAUGGCCGUUAGGAUUGUCCCUCCUUUACUCGUCCUCGCUCUCCUCUCAACGACGGUUCUUCAACACACGAAACGACACCUCCACCCUGCCGCUUACACACUCUACAUGGAGCUUCUCAACCGACACGCUUUCUCACUCUCUUCUCAUAUCCAUUCUCCUAAUUAUCAUAAGGUCAUGAAAUCCAUUCAUCAUGUUCUUCGCCUUUCCCAAGUAUAUGCCUCCGAACCCGAACCCGAACCUGGAGUUGUUCUUGUUCAUUUCGUCUUCGCAAUUGUGUCGCAGUUACUCGAAGCAUCAUUAGCCGAUGAAGGUUUACUUGAACACAGUAAAUCUAGAUGGCUAAACGGAUUCGGUGAUACUGAUGUAACGAUGAUGGAUGGUUCUAACUACUUCACCGAUCACAAGGAGGGUUUGCAUAGGAAAAACACAGCAAUGGCUAUUGAGAUGAUUGCACACUUUCUUCGAAACAAAGUCACUUCAAGGAUCCUUUCCUUGGUUCAUCGAAACAUGCCAAUACAUUGGGUACCUUUCGCUCACCAAUUGCAGCGACUUGCGGCAAACUCGUUGGUUUUGAAGAACUUGAAACAUGUCACUGCAGAGUCGCUUUUGCCUUUGGAUUUCAAGUCCAAUGGGCUUAAGCUUUUGUCUCCUGAAUGGAAGACAACACCUAAGCUCGAACUUAAUGCCGUCAUGGCUGCUAGUGCUGGCUCUCAGAUAUCUUGUGCUGUUCAAUCUCAUCAUGAUAGUUGGUCCUCGCUUUGGCUUCCUAUUGAUCUUAUCCUCGAGGAUGCUAUGGAUGGCGAUCAUGUCGCGGAAACUAGUGCUGUUGAAUGUCUUACUGGGUUGUUGAAGGCUUUACAGGCAGUUAAUGGUACUGCAUGGCACAAUGCUUUUUUAGGUUUAUGGAUCGCUGCACUGCGACUUGUUCAAAGGGAGAGGGACCCAAGUGAGGGUCCUGUGCCUCGCCUUGAUACCUGCUUGUGUAUGUUGUUGUGCAUUACAACCCUUGUAGUUGCUAAUAUUAUCGAAGAAGAGGAAGGUGAACUGAUUGAAGAAGCUGAGCGUAACCCAGCAAAUCAAAUGAAAGACAAACAGACUUUGGGAGAGCGUCGUGGGGAAUUGGUUAUCAGCUUACAGCUAUUGGGUGAUUAUCAGGGUUUACUCAGUCCACCUCAAUCUGUUAUUUGGGUAGCCAAUCAAGCUGCUAUAAAGGCUAUUAUGUUUGUGUCAGGACAUAAUGGAUACUUUGAAAGUAUGAAUGUUAAUGACUUGCCCACAAACUACUCUGGUAACUUAUGGCAUCUGAUUAUUGAGGCUUGUAUUGCAAGACAUCUGCUUGAUACCUCAGCUUAUUUCUGGCCUGGUUAUGUGAGUGCACCUUGCAAUCAACUACCUCAUAGCAUUCCUAACCAUUUGCCUAGCUGGUCAUCAUUGAUGAAGGGAUCAUCACUAACUCCUCCAUUGGUUAAUGUCUUAGCUGCAACUCCUGCUUCCUGCUUAGCAGAAAUAGAGAAAAUAUUUGAAUUUGCAAUCAAUGGCUCGGAUGAAGAGAAGAUAUCUGCUGCUACCAUUCUUUGUGGGGCAUCUCUAGUACGAGGUUGGAAUGUGCAGGAACAUGUCAUUUUUUCCAUCAUAAAUUUGCUCUCACCUCCAGUUCCCCCAAAGUACUCUGGGACUGAAAGCCAUUUGAUUAGCCAUGCUCCAUUUUUGAAUGCCCUUCUGGUUGGAAUUUCACCCGUAGACAGUGUUCAGAUAAUCUCCUUACAUGGUGGGGUUCCUCUACUCGCAGCUGCUCUAAUGCCAAUAUGUGAGGCUUUUGGAUCAUGUGUUCCUAAUGUCUCAUGGACUGCCCCAAGUGGUGAAAAACUCUCCUGCCAUGCAGUGUUCUCUAAUGCAUUUAUUCUCCUGCUGAGAUUAUGGCGGUUUAAUCAUCCACCUCUUGAACAUGUGAUGGGGGGUGCUGCAACUCCAGCAUUAGGAUCACAGUUAGGUCCUGAAUACCUUUUAUUGGUUCGGAAUUGUAUGUUAGCAUCCUUUGGGAAAUCACCAAGAGAUCGAAUAAGAAGCAAAAGAUUUUCAAAAAUGAUAAUUUUUUCUUUAGAGCCCUUAUUUAUGGAUUCCUUUCCAAAAUUAAACAUUUGGUAUCGACAACAUCAAGAAUGUAUUGCAUCAACCCGCUCUGCUCUUGCACCUGGAGGGUCUGUUCUUCAGACUGUUGAUGCCCUACUAAGCAUGAUGUGCAGGAAAAUAAGUAGAAGUGCUCAAUCAUUGACACCUACAACUUCAGGAAGCAGCAAUUCAUCUGGUUCUUCAUUGGAUGAAGCUUUGGUGAAACUCAAAGUGCCUGCAUGGGAUAUCCUUGAAGCAGCUCCAUUUGUUCUUGACGCUGCUCUUACAGCUUGUGCUCAUGGAAGACUCUCUCCUCGUGAACUGGCUACAGGUCUCAAAGAUCUUGCUGAUUUUCUUCCGGCAUCUUUGGCUACCAUAGUAAGCUACUUAUCAGCUGAAGUAACACGAGGCAUAUGGAAGCCAGCUUUUAUGAAUGGAACUGAUUGGCCUAGCCCUGCAGCAAAUUUAUCCAUUGUCGAGCAACAAAUCAAGAAAAUUCUAGCGGCCACAGGUGUUGAUGUCCCAAGCCUCGCUAUAGAUGGGAAUGCUCCAGCUACACUUCCUUUGCCUUUGGCGGCUUUUCUAAGUCUCACUAUAACAUAUAAACUGGAUAAAUCUUCUGAGCGCUUCCUUGUCUUGGUUGGCCCAUCUUUGAUUGCCCUUUCUUCCGGUUGCCCCUGGCCAUGCAUGCCUAUUGUAGGUUCUUUGUGGGCUCAGAAGGUGAAGCGUUGGGGUGACUUUUUUGUAUUCUCUGCUUCUGGAACCGUCUUCCACCACAGCAGGGAUGCUGUAGUUCAGCUCCUAAGAAGUUGCUUCACCUCCACCCUUGGGCUUGGUUCUGCGUGUAUUUAUAACAAAGGUGGUGUUGGCGCCCUCCUUGGUCAUGGAUUUGGUUCUCACUUCUUCGGAGGGAUUUCUCCAGUUGCUCCUGGGAUUCUCUACUUGAGAGUAUACAGAUCUAUUAGAGAUGUCAUGUUCUUGACAGAAGAAAUUGUCUCUCUUUUGAUGCUUUCAGUUAGAGAUAUAGUAAGUGGUGGGUUGCCAAAGGGUGAAUUGGAGAAACUAAAGAAGACCAAGUACGGAAUGAGAUAUGGACAGGUUUCUCUUGCUGCAUCAAUGACACGUGUCAAGCAUGCUGCUCUUCUCGGAGCUUCAUUUCUUUGGAUAUCUGGUGGUUCAAAUUUGGUUCAAUCUUUGAUAACAGAAACUCUACCUUCCUGGUUUUUAUCAGCCCAAGGGUUGGAGCCCGAAGUGGGAGAAUCUGGAGUUGUGGUUGCUAUGCUGAGAGGUUAUGCACUGGCAUGUUUUGCUGUACUUAGUGGGACAUUUGCUUGGGGUAUCGACUCUUCAUCACCAGCAUCAAAACGACGACCAAAGGUUCUUGGGAUUCAUUUAGAAUUUCUCGCGAAUGCCCUAGACGGGAAAAUAUCACUUCGAUGUGAUUGUGCAACUUGGCUUGCAUAUGUGUCUGGGAUUAUGAGCUUGAUGGUGAGUUGCACACCACUGUGGAUCGAGGAACUUGAUGUGGCUAUGUUGAAGAGAGUGAGCAAGGGAUUAAGACAUUUGAAUGAAGAAGACUUGGCUCUGCGCCUAUUAGAAAUUAGAGGGGCAAGCGUCAUGGGUGAGGUAGCUGAAAUGAUAAGCCAAAGUAGAUUUUAGCCGGCCACAACUUGGGAGCAUGGUGCACAUGUGCCUAGACCUUUUUUGCGCAGUUUGGGAUUUUGAUAUUCUUUUCAGGAGGAAAAAUGGCACUUCAUUUGCUACUUGCUACCAUUUCUGUACAUAGCAAUGUAAAUUUCAUAGAUUUGUAUCAUCCCUUGAAUUUUGAGCAGUUACAUGUAGCUAACUUUAUAAACUGUUGAAUUAUGCAAAGUAUUACAGUAGAUAUUGUCAUCAUUUGUUGUUAAGAGCAUUAGCAGAUUUUGUCCUUGGUCAUGUGGGGAUAUUUUGGUGUAUUAUUUUUGGUCCUUAUAAAACAUCUCGUACGGAUCGGACUCUUAAUUAGUGAGUACUUAGUCGUUUUAAUAUUAUAUCAAAA